AUGGCCAAACGACCUACCAUCAUCCUCACCGGCGCCUCUAAAGGAAUCGGUUUAGCUACCGUCAAAAUCCUUCUAGCCGAGCCGUUCUCAGCAAAUGUUAUUACGCUCUCUCGAUCCACUUCACCAGAUUUGCAAGAAUUAGCCAAGUCUUAUCCUGAACAGUUAAGGGUUCACGAAGGGGAUGUGACAAAGGAUGAGGACAAUGAGACGGUAGUCAAGUCAGCCAUUGACAAGUUUGGAACUCUAGACGGUAAAAAUCCAAUGUGCUCUCGAAUCAGUUCACCGCCUGAUCAAUCUAUUUUUUCUCUCCUCGAUCAUCAUUUGUCAGGCUUGAUCUUGAAUGCAGGAAUAAUGGAACUUGGAAGAAUAUCAGAAACCUCGAUGGAUUCUUGGAAACGCGUCUUUGAAGUGAAUUUCUUUUCGCUAUUGUCCAUCCUUCACCUUGCGAUACCUCAUCUACGUACAUCCAAAGGCCGGGUGGUAUUUGUCAGCUCAGGUGCAUCAGUUAGUAAAGUAGCGGGGCUUCAGUUACACAAAAUAAAGUUUAUCAGAAUUAGACCAGUCUCUGACCAUCGUUUAUUGCUCACCAAUGCUGCUACAUCGCAUACUGCUGGGAUGAAACUCAGAUGGGCAAGUUACAAUACGAGCAAAGCAGCAAUGAACUCUCUAGCUCGUACACUCGCCAACGAGGAGCCUGAAUUGACCUCUAUAGCCGUUCGACCUGGAGUGGUCGAUACCGAUAUGCAAGUUCACCUUCGUGAACAUGGUUCGAAAGAUAUGAAAGCAGAAGAGUUGGAUAAACAUCUUAAGCUUCAUGCUAAUAAUCAACUCCUACCACCUUCGAAGCCUGGAUAUGUUAUCGCUGCACUCUCAAUCAAUACUCCUAUUCACUUGAACGGAGAGUUUUUAAGUUGGGAUUCAGCUGAACUCUCAGAUUUGACUUUGUCUAUUCCAGGGAAAUGA